AUGACCACCUUUUUUUUUAGCCACCAUGUAGGAAAAAUAUUUUCUUUUCCUCUCAGAGAUUUGUACACGAAAAUGACUAAUGAAUGGAUCGAAACAUAUCUUUUACGCUAUUUUUGCUCUUCUUUUUCUUUAGUCUCAUUAAACUGUCUUCAUUUUGUUCCGUUUUCUCUGAAUAUUUAUAUAUUAGAGGCUUUGCACUUUCUCUUGGCUCUCACUCUCCAGUUUUUAUCUACAAUAUUAUUCUUCAUUUUCCUCCUUGCUUUUCCUUUGUCUCUUCCUUGCUCUUCCUUUUCACCGUACUCUUUUUUUUUCCUCCUUACUUUUGAUUUUCCUCUUUACUCUUCUUUUUCCUCCUUACUUUUGAUUUUCCGCCUUGCUCUUCUUUUUUCCUUACUUUUCCUUUUGUUCCUUACACUUCAUUUUCCGCCUUGCUCUUCUUUUUUCCUUACUCUUCCUUUUGUUCCUUACACUUCAUUUUCCUCCUUGCUCUUCUUUUUUCCUUACUCUCCCUUUUGUUCCUUACACUUCAUUUUCCUCCUUGCUCUUCUUUUUUCCUUAUAUCUCCCUUUUGUUCCUUACACUUCAUUUUUGUUUACCUCCUUGCUCUUCUUUUUUUUUUCCUUAAAAUCUUCCUUUUGUUCCUUACACUUCAUUUUCCGCCUUGCUCUUCUUUUUUCCUUACUCUCCCUUUUGUUCCUUACACUUCAUUUUCCUCCUUGCUCUUCUUUUUUCCUUACUCUCCCUUUUGUUCCUUACACUUCAUUUUCCUCCUUGCUCUUCUUUUUUCCUUACUCUUCCUUUUGUUCCUUAUACUUCAUUUUCCUCCUUACUUUUCGUUAUCAUCUUUACUCUUUCUUUUCCUACUUACUCUUCCUUUUUCAUUUUCCCUCGUACUCUUUUUUCCUCCUGACUCAUCAUUUUUGCUUUUCUCCUUACACUUCCUUUUUCUCCUUACUUUUCAUUUUCCACCGUACUCUUCCUUUUCUUCUUUCUUUUUCUCCUUACUCUUCCGUUUUCUCUUUACUCUUCUUUUCCUCCUUACUUUCAUUCUCCUCCUUGCUCUUCCUUUUCUUCUUUACUUUUCCUUUUCCUCCUUACUCUUCCUUUUUUUCCUUACUCUUCUUUUCCUCCUUACUCUUCUUUUCCUCCUUACUCUUCUUUUUUAUUCUCUUUUAUAAUCUAUUCCGUCUUCAGCCUUUCUUUCUCUUCUUUUAUUCUUCUUUUUCUUCUUUUAAUCGCUUCUUUUUUCAAUUUACCCUUCGACAAAAACAUAGACAUAAUCCAACAUCCGACCAAAUAUCCCACUUCUUCUUUUUCCCGUUUAUCUUCUUGUCUUCUUCUUCUUCUUCUUCUUCUUCUUAUUAUUAUUAUUAUUAUUAUUGCCUCUUUCUUCCUCCUCUAUUUUUCUUUAUCCGUCUUCAUUUUUAUUCUGUUUUCCGCCAUUCUUCUUAUUGUUCUUUCUUUCUUUCUUUCUUUCUUUCUUUCUUUCUGUUUCUUCGGUUUUUACUCCCACCUUUUUUGACUUUUUCUUCAGUUUUUCAACCCAUUUCAUUAUUUUGUUCUGUUUCUAUACUCCUUUCUAUAUUUUUUCUGUUUUUCUACCCUUUUCUUUUUUAUUCUUUUCCCAUCUAUUUCACCUUUUCUUUAUUUUUUCUGUUUUUCUAUACUUUUCUUUAUUUUUCUGUUUUUAUAUCCUUUUCAUUACUUUUUCUGUUUUUCUACCCUUUUCUAUAUUUUUUCUGUUAUUCUAUACGUUUCUUUAUUUUUUCUGUUUUUCUAUCCUUUCCUUUAUUUUUUCUGUUUUUCUAUACUUAUCUUUAUUUUUUCUGUUUUUCUAUCCUUUUCAUUACUUUUCUGUUUUUCUACCCUUUUCUUAAUUUUUUCUGUUUUUCUAUCCUUUUUAUUAUUUUUCUAUUUUUCUACCCUUUUCUUUACUUUUCUGUUUUUCUAUCCUUUUCAUUAUUUUUCCGUUUUUCUACACUUUUCUUUAUUUUUUCUGUUUUUCUAUCCUUUUUAUUAUUUUCUGUUUUUCUACCCUUUUCUUUAUUUUUCUGUUUUUCUAUACUUUUCAUUACUUUUUCUGUUUUUUUACUCUUUUCUUUAUUUUUUCUGUUUUUCUAUACUUUUCAUUACUUUUUCUGUUUUUCUACCCUUUUCUUUAUUUAUUUUUUGUUUUUCUAUCCUUUCCGUUAUUAUUUUUUGUGUUUUCCUCCAUUUUUUUCUUCUUCCUUUUAUGUUUCUUCCUUUAUUUUUCACAUCAUCAUCUACUUCUGCCUUCAUUCUCUCUUUUGUCUACGUUCUUUCUCUUUUAUAUCUUCUCUCUCUUCUAUGUCUUCUUUUUUUCUCACCCAUGACUUCUUUUUUUCUUUUUUCAUAUGUUUCAUUUCUUUGUCAAUUUCCUCCUAUAAUUUUUUUCUUUCUUCUUUUAUUCUACUCUGA